CACGGGAGAGCGGACUCUUAUCGAGUCGCCACGGUUAUAGCAACCGAUGACGACAAUCUUACAGCCGAUGGCCACCACAAGUCAAGACGCAAAAUGCCUGCUAAAGUAGCUAAAAAAGAGAAUUUAGAUGAUCUCAAACAGGAGUUAGAUAUCGAUUAUCAUAAAAUCUCUCCUGAAGAACUAUAUCAGCGAUUUCAGACACAUCCUGAAAACGGUCUAAGUCAUGCAAAGGCCAAGGAGAAUCUAGAACGCGAUGGACCAAAUGCUCUCACACCACCCAAACAAACGCCCGAAUGGGUGAAAUUUUGUAAAAACUUGUUUGGUGGUUUCGCCAUGUUGCUGUGGAUUGGUGCUAUACUUUGUUUUGUAGCUUAUGCUAUAUUGGCUAGUACUAGCGAAGAGCCAUCCGAUGAUAAUUUAUAUUUGGGUAUUGUACUUUCGGCUGUAGUCAUAGUUACUGGCAUUUUCUCAUACUACCAGGAAUCAAAAAGUUCCAAAAUUAUGGAGUCUUUCAAAAACAUGGUGCCUCAAUUUGCCACAGUCAUACGUGAAGGCGAAAAGCUCACCCUACGCGCUGAAGAUCUGGUAUUGGGUGAUGUUGUUGAAGUGAAAUUCGGUGAUCGUAUUCCUGCGGACAUACGUAUUAUUGAGGCACGCACAUUUAAAGUAGACAAUUCUUCCUUGACUGGUGAAUCAGAACCUCAGUCACGUGGCCCUGAAUUUACACAUGAGAAUCCAUUGGAAACAAAAAAUUUGGCUUUCUUCUCUACUAAUGCUGUUGAAGGUACUGCUAAAGGUGUUGUAAUCAGUUGCGGUGAUCACACUGUUAUGGGUCGUAUUGCUGGUCUGGCCUCUGGCUUAGAUACUGGAGAAACACCAAUUGCCAAGGAAAUUCACCAUUUCAUUCAUUUAAUUACUGGCGUAGCUGUAUUCUUGGGUGUUACAUUCUUCAUUAUUGCAUUCAUUUUGGGUUAUCACUGGUUGGACGCUGUUAUUUUCCUGAUUGGUAUUAUUGUCGCUAAUGUACCUGAAGGUUUAUUGGCCACUGUUACUGUAUGUUUGACACUGACAGCUAAACGUAUGGCUUCAAAGAAUUGUUUAGUAAAAAAUUUGGAAGCUGUCGAAACUUUGGGUUCAACUUCAACUAUUUGUUCUGAUAAAACUGGUACUCUAACUCAAAAUCGUAUGACUGUUGCUCACAUGUGGUUCGAUAAUCAGAUCAUAGAAGCAGAUACCACCGAAGAUCAGUCGGGUGUUCAAUACGAUAGAACUAGCCCUGGUUUCAAGGCGCUCUCUCGCAUUGCCACUCUCUGUAAUCGAGCUGAAUUCAAGGGCGGCCAGGAAGGUGUGCCAAUUUUAAAGAAGGAAGUUAGCGGUGAUGCCUCUGAAGCUGCUUUACUAAAAUGUAUGGAAUUGGCUCUUGGUGAUGUUAUGAAUAUUCGUAAACGUAAUCGUAAAAUUGCUGAAAUUCCAUUUAACUCUACGAACAAAUAUCAAGUCUCGAUACACGAAACUGAAGAUCCAAGCGAUCCACGUUAUUUGCUUGUUAUGAAGGGUGCUCCUGAAAGAAUUUUAGAACGUUGUUCAACUAUUUUCAUUAAUGGCAAAGAAAAGGUGCUUGAUGAAGAAAUGAAAGAGGCUUUCAAUAACGCUUAUAUGGAACUCGGAGGUUUGGGUGAACGUGUGUUAGGCUUCUGUGACUUUAUGCUGCCAUCUGAUAAAUAUCCAACCGGUUUUAAAUUCAAUACGGAUGAUGUAAAUUUCCCAAUUGAUAACUUACGUUUUGUUGGUCUUAUGUCAAUGAUUGAUCCUCCACGUGCUGCUGUGCCUGAUGCCGUUGCCAAAUGCCGUUCUGCCGGUAUUAAAGUUAUUAUGGUCACUGGUGAUCAUCCUAUCACUGCCAAGGCUAUUGCCAAAUCUGUCGGUAUUAUCUCCGAAGGCAACGAAACUGUAGAAGACAUUGCUCAGCGUUUGAAUAUACCAGUUUCUGAAGUAAAUCCUCGUGAAGCUAAGGCUGCAGUAGUUCAUGGUGCUGAAUUGCGUGAUAUUGCUUCAGAACAGUUGGAUGACAUAUUACGUUACCACACUGAAAUUGUAUUUGCACGUACCUCCCCACAACAAAAACUGAUUAUUGUAGAAGGUUGCCAACGUAUGGGUGCUAUUGUCGCUGUCACUGGUGAUGGUGUCAACGAUUCACCUGCUCUUAAAAAAGCUGAUAUUGGUGUUGCUAUGGGUAUCGCUGGUUCCGAUGUAUCCAAGCAAGCUGCUGACAUGAUUCUGUUAGAUGAUAACUUUGCUUCAAUUGUUACUGGUGUGGAAGAAGGCCGUUUGAUUUUCGAUAACUUAAAGAAAUCCAUUGCAUACACAUUAACAUCGAACAUUCCCGAAAUUUCACCUUUCUUAGCUUUCAUCCUUUGCGAUAUACCACUGCCAUUGGGAACAGUGACAAUUUUGUGCAUCGAUUUGGGUACUGACAUGGUACCAGCAAUUUCGCUUGCUUACGAAGAACAUGAAUCGGAUAUUAUGAAACGACGUCCUCGUAAUCCAUAUUACGAUAAACUGGUCAACGAAAGAUUGAUUUCAAUGGCCUAUGGACAGAUCGGUAUGAUUCAAGCUGCUGCGGGCUUCUUCGUUUAUUUUGUUAUUAUGGCUGAGAAUGGUUUCUUGCCAUUAAAAUUAUUUGGCAUACGUAAAAUGUGGGACUCAAAAGCUGUAAACGAUCUUACUGAUUCCUAUGGUCAAGAAUGGACCUAUCGUGAUCGUAAGACACUUGAAUAUACCUGCCACACAGCUUUCUUCGUGUCGAUUGUAGUAGUACAGUGGGCCGAUUUGAUCAUUUGUAAAACUCGACGAAACUCAAUCUUCCAGCAGGGCAUGCGGAAUUGGGCUUUGAACUUUGGUCUCGUAUUUGAGACUGCAUUAGCGGCAUUCCUGUCGUAUUGCCCUGGUAUGGACAAGGGUCUUCGCAUGUACCCACUGAAACUUGUUUGGUGGUUCCCAGCCAUUCCAUUUGCGUUGGCCAUUUUCAUUUAUGAUGAAACACGUCGAUUCUACUUGCGCCGUAAUCCAGGUGGCUGGUUGGAGCAGGAGACAUAUUAUUAAACAACACACUAUAGCAACUAUUAUGUUAAUAAUAUUUAUAAAUACCACAACAAAAACAAUAAAGCAAAAGUAAAUAAUACUGCAACAAUAACAGCGACAACAAAUAACUUCAUAAAAUAUAGUAAUAAAAGAACAACAACAACAACAACAACAUCAACAAAAACUUUAUAUGCGAAUCCAAGAAGAGUAGAAGAGCAGAAGAAACAGAAGAAAA